AUGGCCGACAAUGCUUAUCCUCAGGUGGUCCUGGGAGACCAGUCCGCCGCGAGUUCACCGUUCCCGGCAGUGGAGGACCGCCGCCAUCCUUUUUGCCGCGACCCUGAGGGCUGGGGGCCGAUCAGCUCUCACAGAUAUGAUUUCACGCCUUGCUUUUUAGAUACCUGGGUGCUCUUCGUCGCCCUCUGGGGCCUUGUGAUGGGUGCCGGAGCUCUGUGGCUGCUGUUGCGGCGUCGAGUGCCCCAGCCGGUGGGGAAGAAUUGGCAUUUCUAUGCAAAGCUGUCCCUUAUCUGGAUCAUAGUCCUCCUCGUUGCCCUCCAAGCCUCCCUUCAAAUCGAAAGACUGCCCGGAACGUGGUUUCAAGAUUUCAGAUUCUGGACAGCAGUACUACUGCUCGCUUCGUUGGUGGUUAUAUAUAUGGUUCAGUACUAUGAGCAUUGGCGAAGCCGGCAGCCAAACGGAGUUGUUCUUUUCUACUGGGUCUUCUACAUUAUUAUCCACGCCGUGAAGCUUCGUUCACUCGUUUCACGAAAGGUCUACUUGGAACGACUACCUUAUUUUAUCAUUUUUAAUGCCAACCUUGGUUUUGCAAUUUUAGAAUUUGCUUUAGAAUACGUGGUUCCGAAGAAGCAAAGCGCUUACGAUGCUUUGGGUGACGAGGAUGAGUGUCCAUACGAGUAUGCCGAUAUUUUCUCGGUGUUAACCUUCUCGUGGAUGACCCCCCUGAUGAAGUAUGGCUACAAACAUUUUCUCACGCAAGAUGACCUAUGGAAUCUUCGCCAGAGAGACACAACUCGCGUGACCGGCGAUCAGCUCGGGAAGGUGUGGGAGCAAGAGUUGCAAAAGAAGCGGCCGUCACUCUGGCGCGCUCUCUUCAAGGCUUUCAGCGGGCCAUAUGUUCGAGGAGCCUUGGUCAAAACCUGGAGUGAUAUUUUUGCGUUCGCCCAGCCGCAGUUGCUACGCCUAUUGAUAUCUUUUGUUGAGUCUUACCGUGGUUCUAACCCUCAACCGGCCGCUCGCGGUGUUGCUAUCGCCGUGGCAAUGUUCGCCGCAUCUGUCGUUCAGACUAUUUGUCUUCAUCAAUAUUUCCAGCGGGCCUUUGAAACCGGGAUGCGUGUGAAAUCCUCGCUAACGGCGAUGAUUUACACCAAGUCUCUGAAAUUGUCGAAUGAAGGGCGUGCGUCCAAAUCUACAGGAGAUAUUGUUAACCACAUGGCUGUUGAUCAACAGCGACUUUCGGAUUUAGCACAAUACGGCAUGCAGCUGUGGUCGGCACCAUUUCAAAUUGUUCUUUGCAUGGUAUCGUUAUACCAGCUUGUUGGGCUGAGCAUGCUUGCUGGUAUUGGUGCUAUGAUCCUGAUGAUCCCCCUAAAUGGAUUAAUUGCAAAGAUGAUGAAGAAUCUUCAAAUUAAGCAAAUGAGAAACAAAGACCAGAGGACCCGGUUGAUGACGGAAAUCUUAAACAAUAUGAAAAGCAUCAAGCUCUACGCGUGGAACACCGCUUUUAUGAACAAACUCAACCAUGUUCGCAACGAUCUUGAGUUAAAUACCUUGAGGAAAAUCGGCGCGACCCAGUCAAUCGCCAACUUUACAUGGUCGUCUACGCCUUUCCUCGUCUCAUGUUCCACCUUUGCCGUCUUCGUUCUAACCAAUGAUAAACCAUUAACAACGGAAAUAGUCUUCCCAGCAUUGACACUUUUCAAUCUCCUUACUUUCCCGCUAUCUAUUCUACCGAUGGUUAUUACCUCAAUUAUCGAAGCCUCUGUUGCAGUCAAUCGCCUAAAAUCGUAUUUCACCGCCGACGAGCUCCAGGCCGAUGCUGUUUUGCACCAAGACCCAGUUACACAUGUCGGCGAUGAGUCUGUGCGGAUUAGAGACGCUACCUUCACUUGGGAUAGGCACGAAGGCCGACAUGUGUUGGAGAACAUCGACUUUAGUGCACGCAAGGGAGAACUGAGCUGCAUAGUAGGCCGCGUUGGGGCGGGCAAAUCCUCCUUGCUUCAAGCAUUGCUAGGUGACCUUUGGAAGAUCAAUGGCGAAGUGGUUCUGCGUGGACGUGUUGCUUAUGUCGCGCAACAAUCGUGGGUGAUGAACGCAAGCGUAAGGGAGAAUAUAGUGUUUGGUCAUCGCUGGGACCCUCAUUUUUACAACCUGACAGUUGAAGCAUGCGCACUUCUAGAUGACUUUCAGAUUCUUCCAGAUGGUGAUCAAACCGAGGUUGGAGAGCGAGGGAUUUCGCUUUCCGGCGGCCAAAAGGCUCGUUUGACGUUGGCUCGCGCAGUGUAUGCUCGAGCUGACAUCUAUCUUCUCGACGACGUGCUAUCGGCAGUUGAUCAACAUGUUGGUAGGCAUAUUAUCAAUCGGGUUUUGGGUCGACAUGGAAUUCUAUGCACGAAAACGAGGAUUCUUUCCACGAACUCAAUUCCUGUUUUGAAAGAAGCCGACUUCAUUGGACUUUUGCGAAGCGGAACUAUCAUUGAGAAAGGCACUUAUGAGCAGCUACUGGCCAUGAAGGGCGAGGUAGCAUCUCUGGUUCGAUCCGCAAUCAACGAAGACGAUACAACCUCCGAUGCAAGCAGUAGGGAGGACGAGAGUCCUAGGUCAUCUGAGACACUCACCGCCAUGGAGACCAGCGAAGAGGACAAUAUGUCAGAAGUUGAGGAAGCUCAGGAGCGCUUGGCGCCACUUGCUCCCAUUAGAAGCAGCGGCGGCAACAUCAGGCGAGGAAGCAUGGCUACUUUAAGACGGGCCAGCACAGCCAGUCCGGAGAAUGUGAGGGGAAAAUUCGUGGACGAAGAAGGCGGUGCCAAAACAAAACAAACCAAAGAGUUUAUGGAGCAAGGCAAGGUGAAAUGGAGCGUUUACGGCGAGUAUGCCAAAACAAGUAAUCUCUAUGCUGUUGGCCUGUACUUUAUCGCCCUCCUUUCUGCUCAUUCAAUCCAGGUCGCCGGCAACUUUUGGUUGAAGAGGUGGUCCGAGAUCAAUGAAAUCGAAGGACGGAACCCUAACAUUGGAAAAUAUAUUGGAAUCUACUUCGCCUUUGGUAUUGGGGCUUCUGCUUUGGUCAUUUUGCAAACUCUUAUUCUUUGGAUAUUCUGUUCUAUUGAGGCGUCUCGUAAACUUCACGAGCGAAUGGCUUUUGCGAUAUUCAGAUCUCCAAUGAGCUUCUUCGAAACUACUCCAGCUGGUCGAAUCCUUAAUCGGUUUUCAAGUGAUAUCUAUCGUGUCGACGAAAUUCUUGCGCGCACGUUCAAUAUGCUUUUUACAAAUUCUGCUCGUGCCAUUUUUACAAUGGUUGUCAUUUCAAUCUCCACCCCCCCGUUCCUCGUCAUGAUACUACCUCUUGGCUUCGUAUAUUUCAGUUAUCAAAAGUAUUACCUACGCACAUCUCGAGAACUCAAGCGUCUCGAUAGCGUUACCAAAAGUCCUAUCUUUGCGCACUUUCAAGAGACACUCGGAGGUAUUUCGACGAUCCGUGCAUUCAGGCAGCAGAAGCGAUUUGCCCUGGAGAAUGAAUGGCGAACCGACGCAAAUCUUCGUGCAUACUUUCCUUCUAUAAAUGCCAACAGAUGGCUUGCGGUUCGACUGGAGUUCAUCGGCUCCGUGGUUAUUCUUGCGGCUGCCCUCUUGUCCAUCAUCGCAGUGGCAACUGGCAGACAUGUUUCGGCGGGUAUGGUCGGUCUCGCAAUGUCGUACGCUCUCAACAUCACUCAAUCAUUGAACUGGAUUGUCCGCCAAACCGUGGAGGUAGAAACCAACAUCGUUUCCGUUGAGAGGGUAUUAGAAUAUGCCAGCUUGCCGAGCGAAGCACCCGAUGUGAUUUUCAAGCAUCGUCCCGCAUUAAGUUGGCCGUCGCAGGGCGGUGUAGCUUUUGACCAUUAUAGCACCCGAUACAGAGCCGGCUUAGACCUCGUUCUGAAGGAUGUCUGCUUGGAAUUCAAGCCGCACGAAAAAAUCGGAGUUGUAGGGCGAACCGGUGCAGGGAAAAGUUCACUGACCCUCGCUCUAUUCCGAAUCAUCGAGGCAGCUGAAGGGCGCAUAUGUUCAAUUGGCUUAUUCGACCUACGUGGCCGGCUGGCAAUCAUUCCUCAAGAUGCAGCCCUUUUUGAAGGAACAGUUCGAGACAAUCUCGAUCCUCGCCACGUUCACGAUGACACGGAGCUAUGGAGUGUUUUGGAACAUGCACGACUGAGAGAUCAUGUUGCGAGUUUGCCGGGGCAGUUGGAUGCUCAGGUUCACGAAGGAGGAUCAAACCUUAGUCAAGGACAAAGACAAUUGAUUUCUCUCGCCAGAGCCUUGCUCACACCGAGCAACAUCCUUGUUUUGGACGAAGCCACUGCCGCAGUCGAUGUGGAGACCGAUGCACUGCUCCAACGAAUGUUGAGAAGUAACAUCUUUCAAAACCGAACGAUAAUCACUAUCGCGCACCGAAUCAAUACCAUCCUCGAUAGCGAUCGGAUCGUUGUUCUGGAUCGUGGCCGGGUCGUUGAAUUUGACACACCGAGCGAACUGAUCAAACGCGGCGGGCAAUUCUACACACUAGUCAAGGAAGCAGGUCUGUUAGACGGCGGUGAAUCUGCCGCUCUAUCGUCAGCUUCGUAG